AGGGAGAACAGUUCACCGUUUCUCCACUGCUCGUCUUCUCUAUUCAUGGCGUACUACCCCGUGGCUGCGGUGUCGGACCGCCGCAUCAACGCCGACAACGGCUCCAUUGAGUACGCCGUGCAGUGGGAAGGCUACGGUGACGAGGUCACGUGGGAGCGGCGGGACGACUUGACUGAAAGGUGCGCUGAUAUGGUGCAGGCGGUCGAUCAGCGCUGCAUGGACGCGACAGAUGCGGUCCUGGCGCAGUGGCGGCACGCGGAGCGAGGAGAGAGGGACAGCGAGCAAGCGGGGCCCUCCCCCUCCCCGCCGCCGCUCAAGACGGGUGGAUGCAAACGGAGUCGCUCCUCCUCUCGGGCGGACAGCCGCACUGGUGAUGGCACCGCAGCAGCCAAACCGGAAGGCACGGAAAGAAAGGCGGAGGUGGAGGCGGAGGUCCUGCAUGGGCUCCUUCUGCGUGUGCCUCAGCGAACGGGUGUGAAGAACGAAGUAGGCGGGGAGGAGGAUGCACAGACGAGUACGGAGGAGGCCACGGUGCUGCUGUUAGGUGAGGUGGUGUUAGCGGAAGAGGCGUCGAUGGCGUUAAAUAAGCGCGGCGACCAUCGCAAGAAGCCGCAUCCGAAUGCCGCCAGAGCUGCCUGGUCCCUCAGCACAGUCCCUGCGCUGGAGGUGGAGAAGCGGUGGCGCGAAGCACACGGCUACAGUCUUCUGCACAGCGUGGAUGUGUCUCGCCAUGUGACGCCGUUUCGCAACCACUUUCAACUCCACUUACAAAGCGCGGAGGCGCAGUUGGUGUUGGCCCAGGAGGCGGCGCGCUCGUCUCACCUGCGCAUCCUGAGCAUCGCCCCACCACGCACGACCUACUCGGGCACCGUCUUCAGCGCCCCAGUGACGCUCGAGGGCCUCGUGGGCGAAAAGGACGUGGAGGAGAUGCGCCUCAGCGUGCAGCUGGAGUCUCCGCUCUACGGCAAUGCAGCUCAGGAGAUCGUGAAGCCGCACGUCGAGCAGAUGGUGGUGCGAUAUAAGACUACGGAGAGCUCCACUGGCAGCAGUAGCGUUGCCGGCGGCGCCCCAUGCAGCAAUGAGCCCUGUUCCGCGUCCUGCUGCGUUGCCUCCAUGCCCCUCUCCGUCUUUCGACUCGCUUUUCCUCAGCUGCUGAUUGACUACCUGCUGGAGAACUCCGUCGUUCUUCACUGA